UAUCAGCCCGUGCUAAGUACGGAACUCAGCGUUUAUAUUAUUUUUAGAACGUCGUAACUCUCGUGUUAUUUAAACAAGUUGCAACCAUAUCAUAAGAGUUUUAAAUGUCCUUUUUAUUUAAAGUUACACUAGGCAUUUAAUUUGUUUGUAGAACGUCAUAAGACGAGCUUUAUUUAAACAAAUUUAAUCCUUAUUGCUAAACACGUUAGUGUUGUAUUUCUUUGAAGUAAAUUAUGGAACAUGCUUACGGAUGAACUGCGUUUGGAAUUAGUGCAAAGAAUGUCAACCCUGCUGUUCUGGCAGGGUAAGGGCAAGGCGAACGGCGCCCCCAACGGAAGAAACUGGAUCCACGCGCCUGACGCCCUCGUCAAGGGACACGUUGCGUAUUUAGUCAAGUUCCUAGGCUGUACUCAAGUGGACCAGCCGAAAGGCAUCGAAGUCGUGAAGGAUGCCAUCAAAAAGUUACAAUUCACGCAACAGUUGAAAAAAUCGGAGACCAAGGAUGGAGCGAAAUGUAAGAAAGUGGAAAUCACCGUCUCCGUUGACGGUGUUGCCAUACAGGAGCCGAGAUCGAACAAUGUGAUGUACCAGUUUCCAUUGCAUAGGAUAUCUUACUGUGCGGACGACAAGGGCGCGAAAAAGUACUUUUCGUUCAUCGCUAAAGGUGGCAGCACUGUCAACGGGAUGAAUGGCCACGAUGGCGGCAAUGCUGAGAAACAUGAAUGCUUCGUUUUCAUAUCAACGAAGUUAGCAUCAGAAAUAACCCUCACUAUUGGUCAGGCAUUCGAUUUAGCUUAUAGGCGGUUUUUGAACGACAAUGGAAAAUACAUAGAGAUGCAAAAACUGACCUUACAGAACAAGAGACUCGAAUUACAAAUGAACGCGUACAAAAGUCGCUUACAGGAGCUGUCAAAAAUAACUUACAAGGAUGAUCUCUCAGCAUACUUGUCACGUAACAAUUUAACCGACAUCGCCGAGUUCAAACCACCACCAGAACUCGAGAAGCAAAUAUCAUCCCUCACUCUCGCGAAUGGCUUCAGCGCUAUGAAUGGAACCAAGACUGAUAUCGGUGCGGAUGUCUUAUCAAACAACUCGACAGACACAUUUAACUCCACCAACGACAACAACCUGUUGUUGUCGACGCCUCCGCCCACGCACAAUGGCAAGACCAACAAUACUGGCAAAUUCCUGGGUGACCUAUCGUCUGGCAAGAACCCGGUAGUUGGUACUAAGUUGGAGGGCUUGCUGCUUAAUUCUGAUUCUGAUAGCGAUUUCGAUCCUCGCGCUUUCGAAUCUGAGCCCGUGACGCGCUUCACUUCACCCAUCAUAGAGAACACUUUGACUCCCACUCCGCCAUUACUGGCUCCUCCACCUCCGAAAGCAUCUAAACGCCAACAGCAACAACAACAACAGCAACAGCAACAACAACAGACAUUUAUGCAACCGAUCAACAACGACAUUUUCGGUUCAACACCGUUCUCAAUGCCGGCUCAAGUACAGCCGGUAACGUCACCAUUUGCCGCGCAAACUGCUGUCAAUGUCAAACCGAAUUAUGACAUAAGCGAUUUUAAUUUACAAACGUCUGUAUUUAAUUCAAACUCUUCGUUCACAAACGGUCUGACUGGAUACGAUCCGUUCGAUACACAGAAAUCAGGAAAUAUAUUUGGUAACACGUAUGGGAAUACUUUCAAUGGUUUCGGUAACCUCAGUGAGAAACAAACGGUUGAAUUGGACAGCAGUUUCAAUGGUUUCCUAGAUAAGACUAUAUCGGAGAUGAAGGAUGGAUUUAGCAGAGGGAUCAGCUUUGGAAACGAUGAUUUUUCAAUAGAUAACCUCGAUCCCCUGAAAAAGAAUUAAAUACAACGGAGUUAUUAUAGUAACAAUUAACAAAAUCCUUGUGUUAAUUCACACAACAUAGCAUAUAUAAUAAAAUAUUAUUAUUAGUUUAAAUUCGUUUAACAUAAUUUCGUUGUGUGAGUUGAGUCGACGAUUCGAAAAAAAAAAUUGUUGCCAUUUGGUUACAAAAUACGUGAUAAUAGAUAGUAUUCACGUUUCCCCUAUUUUUAUAGACUUUUUUUUCAUAAAAAGUAUUUAACGAAUCUCCAAAAUUUAUUACCUGUAUCAAUACAAUUUUAUAAAAAAAAACGGUGAUAUUUUAAAACUUAACAUUGUUAACUGCUCAAUGUCAUUCCAAAAGUGCCUUAACUUUUUAAAAAGAAAACAUAUUAGUAAAUAAUAUAAGUAUACAUAUGUGUCCAUAAAUAUAAAUGUACUAAUCAACUGAAAAAUUUGAAGAUCGCCUCAAAUUCUGUGAUAAUUCUUUUAAAAUUGAGGCACUUCAAAAUUUAUUAUAAAAUCGGAAACUUGGUAUUUUAACUAUUGAUGGAUUUUUUCUAUUUGCUAAAAUCAAAUGAAAAAUGUGUGUUGGUAAAGCAAGAUCAUUUUUGGCUAUUACAAUUUUUAUUAAUUGACGAUUCUGAUUGCGAGACUAUCGAAUUAAAACAAUGAAAUUUUAAACAAUCAGUAGGCUAUUCUGUAAAAACAAAGUCGGAAACUCGCCGCAGAAUGUCAUGAAUUGUCAGAAAGUUAUAUGCGACAUUGACCAUUAUAAUCAUAACAUUUUAAGAAUACACGCAUCAAAAUAGUAUAUCACCAUAAAUCCAUUGUCAACAUUUUUUGGGUGGGUAAUGAAGUGUAUUCUUGCAGAAUAGCACUGCUGGUUUGAAAACCCGAUUGUUUGCAUCAACUGCCGAAAUAAUCGUCCUUGUGUGUUUUGAUCGCAAGAGCGUUCGACAUUAAGCCAGUUUUAAUAUUUUAACGUAACUUUUUUUUUUUCAUUUUGUACAAAUUAAUUUGAAUGUAGAAUAACUGUAUCGUAUUUUUUUUAAUAAAAAAAAUCAUGAUAUACGAAUGACAUUGUUGCUUUAAUUUUUGAAAACAUUCCAAUAUAAUAUUUUAAUUAUAUAACUAUUUUAAUCCUAAUAAUUUUAAGUAAAUUUUAAAUUGUGUAUAUUAGUUCUUAUAAUCUGUUGUAUCUCUGUCACAUUAGUGGAAUAUUAUUAAGUAUUGUGUACACUAAUGUUACUUUAAGGCCAAAAGAUAUACAUAAUUGUGUAUGCAGUAAUAAAAUUUAUGUUUAUAA